GUUUUUUUUCUAAAAAUCCUUUCAAAACACUAUAUUUUGAUACAUGCAGAAAAGAUACAAUUUUAAUUUUGGACGGCAUCCAUUUAACGUUUCUGUCACUACUGCUUGUUGACUUUUUGUGAUUCUUAGAGCCACCACACCUGUAAGCUCCGGAAGAUUCACUAUCCCGGCUGAGAUGGCCAUCUCCUGGUCCUACUUGCUUCUUUCAGAUGGUCCUUUUAUAUGUUGUACAUGCACUAAUUUAUUUAAUUUAACUAUAAUUUAAAAUACAUAGCUAUGCUUAAAAUUCAGAAAAAUAUAUUUUUCAACUUUCUUUAUUUUUCAACUAAAGUCAACUUUUGAUCAAAAGCAACAUACUACUGUAUACUAAUACAUUUUAAAAAAUCCCUAAAAAUAAAAAUUUCCCAAAAAUGAAUGCAGUACUGUACCUAAAAAUAUGUAGCUAUGCAGGUUUUUAUUUAUAAUUUCUUUUUCCGGAAUUUCAAUCAUUGUUAAAAACCAACAUACUUUACUAAUAAUUUCUGAAAAAGUCUUAAAAAACAAUAAAAUAGAGAGAAAUGAAUAAAAACAUACUUGCCUAAAAUAUUUUUAUAUAGAACAUAUUUUAAUUUGCCUAAAAAUGUGUAGCUAUGCACUUUUCACAUUUACAGCAUGCAUUAAGUAAAACAAAAAAGAAAUCACUUCGGCAUAUUUUGUCAAACAAACAAAAUUUUAUAACAUAACAUCUCGGAAAAGGUUAAGAAAAGCUUCCUCAGAAGGUACGCAAAUGAAACCUCCUAAUGACCCAAUGACAGACGAGAGCUAUCACAUGCGGGCGUGACUGACGAAAUACGACUAACCAAUAAAAACGCCGUAACCACGUGAACAUGGCAGAUGUUUGGACCAUUCAGGACGCUCCUCAGAGUGCGUUCAUGGCAGCAUGACGGGAGCGCGCAACUACUGGUCGAGUACGCGCAGAGAGCAGCAACGCACGAGAGAGGGGCAGAAGCCGAAUGGUGGAGCUGAAGAUGGCGGAUGGCGACAGCGGGAGUGAGCGCGGUGGUAGUAGCGGAGGAGGAGGUGGCGGCGGCGGCUUCCAGCACUUCCAGCGGGACCAGGACACCCAGGAACUGGCGUCCAAGCGCCUCGACAUUCAGAACAAGCGUUUCUACUUGGAUGUCAAGCAAAACAGCAAGGGCAGGUUCAUCAAAAUCGCUGAGGUUGGGGCCGGGGGCUCGAAAAGUCGCCUGACCCUCUCUCUGUCAGUGGCAGCGGAGUUCCGCGACUACCUCGGGGAUUUCAUCGAGCACUACGCCCAGCUCGGGCCUAGCAGUCCGGAGCAGAUAGCUCAAGCAUCAGUGGGAGAGGACGGCGGGCCUCGGCGGGCUCUCAAGAGCGAAUUUCUCGUUCGGGAGAACCGCAAGUACUACCUGGACUUGAAGGAGAAUCAGCGGGGGAGAUUUCUGCGGAUUCGUCAGACCGUUAACCGUGGAUCUGGCUUUGGAGUUGGGGGCCCAGUAGGCGGCAUGCUGGCUGGCCAGACCAUAGCCCUUCCGGCGCAGGGGUUAAUAGAGUUUAGAGACGCCCUCGCUAAGCUCAUAGAUGACUACGGAGGAGACGACGAGGAGCUAAGCGGCGGCCUUGCUGCCGGGGGCUACGGCGAGCUCCCCGAGGGAACCACCAUCAUGGUGGACUCCAAGCGGUUUUUUUUCGACGUGGGGUCCAACAAAUACGGAGUUUACCUGCGGGUGAGCGAGGUGAAGCCCAGCUACAGGAACUCUAUCACCAUCCCCUUCAAAGCCUGGAGCAAGUUCGGAGGCGCUUUCUGCAGGUAUGCCGAGGAGAUGAAGGAGAUCCAGGAGAGGCAGCGGGAUAAGAUGUACGAGAGGAGAGACGAGUCCGAGGGAGACGACGUGGAUGACGACUGAGACAACUUAAGUUUAACAACUGUUAGUCCAGUUGAGACGUGACAUAUCUGCAAUAUAGACGAGUUUUGCAUAAAAUUGUGAGGGAAAACAGAAAUUAAAAAAAAAAAAGACAAAAGGGCAUGACAAAGCGUGCUGUUAUAGCAUACUAAAGUUUCGUGGCGUUUAAAAGUACAUGUGCAGGGACUUAUUGGUGUAUAAUACUAAAGGUUGUGGGGCUGAGGGUUAGUGAUUGUAUGCAUCUUUGAGAGAUAACUUCUAAGUCAGAUCAAGCUCAUUGGCUAAAACACCUGGAGCUUUAUUUUGAGAAAAAAAGAGAGAAAUUACCAGCAAAUUGGUUUACCUAACAAACAUAAAGCCAACGGAUGCUUUUCUAUUUGACACAUAGUUUAUAUUUUAAGAUUGGGGAGUUGUAGUGUUUAUGAUGUUUUUCUUGCCUAUUCUUUUAUGGUGAGAAUGAGCAUCCAUUGUAUUUCUGUUCCAGGCCAGGUCCAUCUUUUCCUAUCCUCAGUUAGUUUGAAGGGGGUUCUGUAAGUCAGUGAGAUAAAGCUGAGGAGUUCAUGUUAACAACAACUAGUGGCUAUCUUACAUUAGCCUUGAAGAACACACGUGAGCAGCACUGAGGUAGGCAGCAGCAGCUGUAGGGUGACAAUUUGAAACAACUACCCCAUAACAUUGGGGAGAGUCGCCGAGGAGAAUCACCAACAGACCAACAUCCAUUUGGACUCCAGCUGUCAGUUACAGUGCAGAGCAGCUGGAUUUUAAGUAAUGUUGACAUUUGUAAAGCAAUGUUCACAUUGUUUUCAGGAGGAUUCACACUCAGAGGUGAAGCUGGCCGUCUCCUGAUGGCACAGCAUCUCUGGCUGUGUCACAGAAUGGCAGCUCUGGGGAGCCGGUGUGUGAGGAGAGGAACGUCGAGUGUGUUCUCAUUAAAGGACUUUGUUUUGUUUACGACGCUCACUUGCUCCCAUGUGACACUACAAGCACUUGGACAGGAGCAGCUUCUUAUCUCUCAGCUCUGCAGAGAAUGAGAUGAUGACGAUGUUGAUUAUGCUCCCCAUCACUCUCCAUGUGAUGGUCAGAGCCAUUCAAAUGUCCGUCCUAACCAGCCGCAGGACAUUGUUCAACUAAACAGACAAACACCUUUUUGACACAUGAAGACCUGGGACCGAAACACAGUGAUGGAUGUUUUCUUUGAAUUUAUGUUUGUGUGGUUUUUUUUUUUUCCUUCAAAAGAGAUAACUAUAUUGAAAUGAAAUUAUAGGAAAGGUAUUACUGAACAAACCAGCAAAAAUAUAUUUUAAAA